AUGGAGGAACACAAGGAUGAUCAAUAUUGUUUUCAAGACAGAAACUCUUCUUGCAGAAAGGCUUUGCUAUCGACAUCUAUCUACAUAACACUGUACCUCUUCUUCUCAUUGAUUUCAGCAGUUACAGUAUUUUUGAAUCUACUGGUGAUCAUCUCCAUCUCUCACUUCAAGCAGCUCCACACUCAAACCAACCUGCUCAUCCUCUCUCUGGCUGUGUCAGAUCUCCUGGUGGGACUGAUUGUGAUACCAGUAAUGAUUGUAGCAAUAAUUGAACCAUGCUGGGGUUUUGGGGCAUAUUUCUGUGCGUUUCUUCUCUACAUUAGUUGUUUAUGUACUUCUUUAUCUCUGGGCAGUUUGGUCUUGAUAUCUAUUGACCGCUAUGUUGCUGUGUGUGAUCCCUUAUUGUACCACUCUAAAAUAACAAUAACAAGAAUCAUGUGUUGUAUAUCCAUCACCUGGUGUUGUUGUAUUAUAUACAAUGCUGCUAUUAUAAAAGACAUUGUAAAUGUACAGUCUGAGAGAAAAGCAGCAAAAACUCUGUCUAUUGUUGUUUUCACCUAUCUAAGUUGUUGGAUUCCAUUUCUAUUUUCUUUUUUGUUUCUUUCGUUCUUAAGUGACAAUUUAUUAUCAUUCAUCAUCAGCUUUCUGCCACUUUCUAAUUCCUUAAUUAAUCCAAUAAUUUAUGCUUUAUUUUAUCCAUGGUUCAAAGUGACGGCUAAAAAUAUUUUAUCUCUGAAGUUAAGGCGUUCAUAG